AUGGACGUAGCCUGCGAUGCCCGCGCAACUCAGCUUCCCGGCGAAUUAUCAUAUAUCCAAUACGAACAUGCUCUAGAAGAAAAGUAUCUGCCCGCGAUUCGGGCAUUGAUCUCGAAGGACCUGAGCGAACCGUACAGUAUCUACGUCUACCGAUACUUCCUGUAUCAAUGGGCGCACCUCUGUUAUAUGGCACUCAACCCCGUCGACAAAUCGUUAAUGGGCGUCAUCAUCUGCAAACUCGAACACCAUGCGUCGCACUCACCACCAACGCAUCGAGGCUACAUAGCCAUGCUCGCGGUAACUUCCACGUUCCGAGGCCACGGGAUAGCAACGCGGUUGGUAAAGAUGGCGAUCGAUGCGAUGGCCGAACGCAACGCCGACGAGAUCGUCCUAGAGACGGAGGAGACAAACACCCCGGCCAUGAGACUAUAUGAGAGACUAGGAUUCUUACGGUCUAAGAAACUCCAUAGAUACUAUCUCAACGGAAAUAGCGCUUAUCGGCUCGUGCUACUCUUGAAGUCGACGGAUCCAGAAACGGAUUAA